AUGAAGAAUUUGCUAACUCCAAUAACUUUAGGAAAGUUAAAUCUCAAAAAUAGAUUCAUCCUUGCUCCAAUGACUAGAAUGAGAGGUGAAUUAGAUGGUACUCCUACUGAUAUUAUGGCAGAAUAUUUCAGUUAAAGAUCAUCUUUUGGACUUAUUGUUACAGAAGCAAGUUUCAUCAAUCCUUAUGCAAACACAUAUCCAGGAAAUGGUGCUCUCUUUAAUGGUAAACACCUUGAGGCUUGGAAGAGGGUUGUAGAGAAAGUUCAUUAAAGUGGUGGCAAGAUUUCUAUUUAGCUUUAUCAUGUAGGUCGUUCUGGAAAUAAAGCCAUUUUAGGUGCUGAUUCUGUAGCUCCCUCCCCAAUAGCCAUUAAUGGAAUAGAUUUUUUGACUUAAAAACCUUAUGAAACACCUAAGGAAUUGACUAAAUCUUAGAUCUAAUAAAUAUUAGAGGAAUUCCAAAAUUCAGCUAUAUUAGCAAAAUAAGCAGGUUUUGAUGGUGUCCAGCUACAUGGUGCUAAUGGUUAUCUUGUCGAUUAAUUCCUUAGAGAUGGAACUAAUCAAAGAAAAGAUGAAUAUGGUGGCAGUGUUGAAAACAGAAGUAGAUUCCUACUUGAAGCUGUUGAUAGACUUAUAGAUGGUUUCAGUGCUGAAAAUGUUAGUGUGAGAGUUUCUCCAACAGAUAGAUUUAGUGAUAUGUAUGACUCUAACCCUUUGUAACUUUUAUCUUAUCUCUUGCCUUAACUUGACAAGAAAGGUCUUCAAUUUGUUGAAGUAAAAAGACAUGGUCCAGUUGAUCCUAAAAAAGAAAAACCUGGUAGAUAACUCCCUGAUUAUUAGAUACCAAACUUUUAUGAAACAUUGAGACCUCUAUUAAAGAAGACACCAUUUGUAGGAAACACAGGUAUUUCUGUAGAUGAAGGAACUAAAUUAGUCUAGUAAGGUACUUUAGAUGCUGUUGCAUUUGGCUACUUAGGUAUUUGCAACCCAGACCUCCCAGUUAGAAUUUAAAACAACUAUCCCCUCAAUUUGAAUGCUGAUCAUAAUACUUUCUACACAGGUGGAGCUAGAGGAUACACUGAUUAUCCUGCAUUUAGUUAGGAAAACAGUUAACAAGCUGUAUGA